AUGUCUCAUCAAAAGACCGAAGUGGUUUCCAAGUCCAACGAAUUAACUUUUCUGAGGACAGUGGAUUUGGAAUGCUGUAUUUGUUAUAGCAUCGUGUCAAGGCCCGUUACCCUUGCCUGUGGGCACUCUGGCUGCAAAAAUUGCAUGGAAACUUGGGCAGAAUCGACAGCCACACCGUUGUGUCCCCAGUGUCGGGCAACGUUCCGAAAAGAAGAGCUGAGGUUAAAUGUGGCAAUGGAUAAGGCGACCCGAGAUUUGCCUGUUAAAUGUAACAGCCAAGGCUGCCAGUGGAAGGGCAACUAUAGCGAUGCCAACGAUCACCUCAGACAUUGCCCAAAAGUACGAGAGAGGUGCCCCAACGAAGGAUGCCAGCACGUGGCGGCACGGGAAGAAAUGACAACACACGCUUGCCCAAAAGAAAGGAUCGCAUGUUCAGGAUGCCAACUGAGCGUAACCAGGGAAAGACUCCAAUUCCACCGUACAUCUUUAUGCAGAAACUCUGCAGUUCUAUGCCCCAUGAGAUGUGGAGCAUCAUUACCACGAAUGAACAUCAACCUACAUCUACACAAAUGCCCAGAGAAGGCUUCAAUGUGCCAAGUACCUGGCUGCAAAAAAAUUGUGAAAAAGAAGGACAUGAAUGUCCAUUUGAAGGAAGCAAGUACCUCGCAUUUUGCGCUCCAAUCAGGAGAAAUCAAACGACUGCGAGGAAUAAUAUACUACAAGAAAUGCAACAUAGAACCCAUAGAGCCCAAAGUGGAAAGGGUUGUCUCCUUUUGCUGGAGAAUUCCAAAUUUUGUGGAGAGCAGGAGACAACAAGCUUCAGAUGCCAUUGGAGACAAGCCCCUUACAAGUGGGCCAUUUAUAGAUGACAACUGCAGAUGGAGAGGACUGUACUCCGGACAACAAAAAUUGUUCCUGCAGCUGCUCUCAGCAUCCCAUCCAGUUACUGGGGAAAUUCAAAUUGUAAUGGCCCCUGGAAGUGACAAUGAGCAAGUGCUAGACUCGGACAUAGUGUCCCUGAAGGAAGGAGAAAUGUGGGGUAGGAGGAUACCAAAUGUGGACAGUCUACUGGACGGAAAUGGCAGCCUUGAUGUUAAAUUUAUUAUUUACUACUUCAACUUGUACUAAUUUCAUGAACAGGUCAUAAAAUGUUCAAUUCAGUUAUUAAAAAAAGUCAACUGGCAUUUUUAUUAACCUCUUACUUAACAGUCAUAAAUGUCUUGCUUAUUUUUUUUGUCAUGACUGCAAAUUAAGAAUAUGGUUUUUGCAGUCUAUAAAGAGGGUUAGGUCAGGCCGUUUAAAAACUAAGGUUAAAUCAACAAGCAUUGAUUAUUUUGUUAAAAGUGAACUGUUGCAGUUGUUUAAUGGCUUUUUGGUGGAUCUAUUAACACAUUCAUAACUGGAUUGAACAUUUUAAGACCUGUUAAUAAUGGAAACCUCUUUGCUCUCAACUAUCAAACCAAUUGCUGAAAAUUACUCACUUUUCACAAAAUUGGCAAAUCUGUCUUCAUCUAGCAACAUUUAAUC